GAAGGUGUAUUUAUCCGGAUUGCAACCAUAUGUGUUCAACUAUUAUAUUCACCGACCCCGAUUUCACAAUAAUCAAACCGCUAAUACGUAGGUGCAAAUAUUGCUUAAUAGAACGCAUCUUAAGCAAUACCUCAUAGUAAGAGAAGAUGGGGAACAUUAACACCGUUGGACCAAAUGAGGCUCUAAUUAUUUCAGGAGGAUGCUGUGGCUCCCAGGGUAGAAAAACCGUGGUGGGAGGAUGGGGGUGGUCGUGGUGCCUGGUGACCGACGUUCAGAGGAUAUCCCUGGAGGUCAUGACCUUGAACCCUGUUUGUGAAAGUGUGGAGACCUCAGAGGGUGUACCUGUUACUGUGACAGGGGUCGCUCAGGUUAAGAUCAUGAGAGAACCGGAGCUACUGAAGACAGCCUGUGAGCAGUUCCUGGGAAAGAGUGUCCGACAUAUUGAGUCAGUGAUUCUACAGACACUGGAGGGUCAUCUCAGGUCCAUUCUGGGAACAUUAACUGUGGAGGCAAUUUACCAGGACAGAGAUCAGUUUGCACAGCUGGUCAGAGAAGUAGCCUCUCCUGAUGUUGGGAAGAUGGGUAUUGAAAUCCUUAGUUUCACCAUCAAAGACAUCAAUGAUCGAGUGGAGUACCUCUCAUCGUUGGGAAGGGCCCAGACUGCUAACGUAAAGAGAGACGCAGACAUUGGAGUCGCUGAGGCAAACAGGGAUGCUGGAAUCAGGGAAGCAGAGUGUGACAAACAGCUGAUGGACACCAAGUUCCAGGCAGACACCAAGAUAGCCGACUCAGCCAGGCAAUACCAGAUGAUGAAAGCCUCUUUUGAUAUGGAAGUCAAUGCUAAGAAAGCUGAGGCAGAGUUGGCAUAUGAGCUACAGGGAGCCCGUGAACGACAGAGAAUUCGACAAGAAGAGAUUGAGAUAGAGGUUGUGGAGAGGAGGAAGCUGAUCGACGUAGAGGAGAAAGAAAUUAUGAGGAAGGAGAAGGAGCUGAUAUCUACCGUCAAGAGACCAGCAGAGGCUCAGGCAUACAAGGUCGAACAGCUGGCUGAAGGUCAAAGGAGAGUGACUGUGGAAGCAGCCCAUGCUGAGGCUGAGAGGAUUCGUCUGAUUGGUGGAUCUGAGGCUGGUGCCAUUGAAUGUGUUGGUAAAGCUGAGGCAGAAAAGAUGAGACUGAAAGCUUCUGCUUACAAACAGUACGGAGAAGCUGCCAUGUUGUCUCUUGUUCUGGAGACUCUACCAAAGAUUGCUGCUGAAGUGUCCGCCCCUCUGGCUAAGACAGGCGAGAUUGUCAUGGUUGGAGAUGACAGAACUACCAGUGAAGUGAGUCGUCUUGUGAGCCAGCUUCCUCCUGCUGUUCAGGCCCUUACUGGCGUGGAUCUCUCUAAGGUUGUUGGUAAAAUCCCUGGUGCCUCAACGUCCUAGAGACCCAUGUGUUUCCUGAAACCUGCAUGCUUUAUAAAUAAGACAUUUUACCAUUGUCUGUUGUGUUAUUGUGUAGAGUUAUUUUACACUUCCAUCAACUGAUAACCAAUCAACAGCAUCGUUAUAUAAGCAGUUGUAUUGUCUGUAACAUAUGUAUAAAUUUCAUUUACCAUAGCAACAUCCGUUAUUUAUGUUGCUCUACUAGUCAUCAUAUCAUUUCUUUCUCUCAUUGUUCAAUUUUUAAAUCUGAUUCUAUAAUACCUGCCUUAUGAAGCAGUGAUUUUGCUCAAGUUUGUGUACUGGUUACCGGUAAUGUAAAAAAAAAAAUUCUUAAGUAGGCCAUUUUAAAACUUUUUUUUAUGGUAUAUAUACACUGUAUCUCUUCGUUGGAAUAUUCUUUAAUCUAAGGGUUAGUGAACUUUACAAAAUAAAAGGAUCAAAGACUUGCAGAGAAGAAGGCAGGUGAUGCCGUGCUGCACCUGGUGGAGAGAAGUGGUAAAGCUGCUACACACUACUCUGGGAUUAGAACUUAGAACUGAUUGUUAUUGGCAGCUAUUGUCCUUUUGUAUAUUUUUGUUGUUUUAGUACAUUGUUUUAUACAUAUUUCAAAGUAGUCUUGAAAUAGGAUUUUUUUUUUAAAGAAUAUAUUCCAACAUUCUGAGACUGUUUUGUAAUUAUUAAGUUAGCAAUCACACAAGCAAAGUUAUAAAGGAGGGGAAUUUUAAUAGAGUUUGGAUUUUUUUUUGCAAUGAAGCGAGCUACUGUAAUCGCAUGUAAAUAUGGUCAUUAAUGUACAAAGCUGUUCAAAAAACGGGUAUAUGCUUUGUCAUUGCAGCAAAUCCAAGCAUUUGCUAAAGGUGAAGUUCUUUUCUGAUAACAUACAUGUAGAUCAAAAAUUGACCUUUCAGUUUGGGCAUUUUGUAAGUGUAAGAAGUUUUCUUGUGUUUUCUACUUGUAACACAAUACUUGCUGCAGUACAACAUUAGCAGAUUAAAUCUCUAUUGCACCUGAAGAAAAGUUUUCUUGUAAAAAUCACCUGUUAUUUGGCAAAUAUUUUUUCCAUUGAUUAGCUACCCACUAACACUAUGUACUGCACCUCUAUAGAUUCAUAUUUUAUGUGCUUGUUUUUCAUUUUGUAUGUUGUAGAAUAAGCAAUACAAUACAAUGUACAUUUCAGCAAACCAUGAAGCUGGAUAUCUAUAUGUUACUCAUUGUAUUUAAUUAGUAUUUAGUAUACCUUUGAAAUAAAAUUUUAGUAAAAAAUGAA